AUGGCGCGCGAUGAUCGAUCUGAAGAAUUCAUUGGUGUCCUUGGCUUCUUCAUGUGCAUCUGCAUUCUGCUAGUGAUGCUUCGAUGCUACUGCAAAUUAGUAAUUGUGAAGAACUUCUCGGCCGACGACUACUUCUCUGUCCUUACGCUGGUUUCAUUCUUGGUCUUUUGUACCCUAGCGCGUCUGGGUAUUUCGAACGGAACUGGAAAACGACGAUAUCUUAUUCCCGACGAAAACUACCCAGUUGGCAUGAAGUGGUGGUGGGCCUGCGAACCGACCUACGUUAUCACGAACAUCUUUCUCAAAUCCAGCAUCGGUAUCUUUCUGCUGCGCAUAGCCCAGAGGAAAACCCAUCGCAUCAUUCUUUGGACUUCCCUGCUUGCCAUCCAAGUAUACAGUGUGUACUUCUUCUUCAUCUUCACCUUCCAGUGUUGGCCGGUUUCCUUCUUCUGGGAACAAUUCCGCGGUGGUAAAGGCCACUGCAUACCCUCCAAAGUCAUUGUCAAUUCGUUCUAUGGCUACUCUGCGUUGUCAUGUAUAACCGAUUGGACGUUUAGUAUCGUUCCAAUAUUCAUUGUGCAUGGCCUACAAAUGAACAAGAGGAACAAAGUUACUGUUGGCGUUGUACUUGCCUGCUGCGCUAUUGGUUCCUCAGCGACUAUUGUCCGCCUGCCUUUCAUCAAUGGCCUUAACGAUAUCCCCGACUUCCUCUACUCUACCAUCGAUGUUGCAAUCUGGUCUACUUGUGAGACCGGCAUCGGCCUUGCUACUUCCGCCGCUGCUACACUCCGCCCCUUGCUCCGCCAGGUCCUUAACGAUACGUCAACGCAUGAUAGUUCCAGUCGCAAACGGUCGCGCGCGUGGACAUCUGGUCAUCCAUCACGGGCAGGGUAUCAGGAGCAUCCAAGCCAACACGGCGAUCAUGAUAUCCAGCUCACGAGUCAUAGUUCGAAACAGUAUAAUGUCCAGGUUACAGGCGGAGAUAGGUCAAGUCCAAGCAGUAGUACUUUUAGACUAAAAGACUAG